UCUGCCCUUACUGCAUGAAGCCUCAGAGGCCAAGCAAAGGACUCGACGCAUUUAGGAAAAUGCACGAGUGUAAGGAGGUGACGUCACUUUAUGCAAGCUCUGGUCACCAACAAAAGUUAACGAGUCAACUAUUGCUUGAGGGAGUUAGCUUAAUAUGGAGCAUGGCGCAAAACUUGCAAAGUUGAUCUUCAUGCAGCUACCGUCUCUUCCUCAAAUGAGCUUAGAACCGUGAUUUAAGCAUUUAUUCUCUCUGUCUCUCAAUUGGCCAUGACAGCAGUUGCGUCGACCGCGAGGUGGACCUCACGGAGGUGCUUCUUCCCUGGAUUUGACAACAAAUUUUGUCACAAUACUUCCCGUUGGGUCAUGUCUGCUGUGAGAAUCGCUGUCCUCUUUUACCUGCCUCUUGCGCUGAGUGGUGUCACCCUUAAAGAUCUCAAGGAGGCACUCAAUACGCGUGAGAAAAUUUGGACUGUCUACAGAAGCUACUAUCCAAGCGCCCGGGGCCAUAAUCAAACGUGCAUCUACUCUGAGAUGCGGAUGACAAAACGUGGAUACUAUAUUGCCGAUACGCACUAUGAAGUAGAUGGUGUUUGGUGCACCUGCAUGUGCUGCGUAUUGAUGGAAGAUGAAGAGAACUGCUUGUGCUGCCAGGAGGUGCAAGAGAUUAGGAAAAAACAGAAGCGCACGCAGUGCGUAACAAGUUCAAGACAAUUCAGGACUGUGUGCCUCAGCAGGGCAGUACUGGAAGUGGCACUUGCCCAGAAAGGAGUCGAACCGGCUGGACAAGGCAAGAAGUUUACACACAGGUGUGAAAAUGAUAUGGCCAAUGGAAAAAGAGUGAUGCAAAAGCAAUUUUUUCUUUUUUUACAGGCAGUUGAGGUAUGCAGCAUACCGCCAGUUUGUCUGGCUAGUAUGGAAAAAGUUGGGAAAGAAGAACCGUCGAAUUCUGCCAAGCUGUGUACUUGAAGUUGUUCGGGCUUCAGUCGCGCCGAUUUAAUUGGAAUACCGAUUGCCCGCAUCGUUGUCAAGCUCCGAUGAUAGUAACUGUCGCGGAAAUGGUCCGAGCACAGCACAGUUGAUUUCGUCGGCACGAACUUGUCUCUCCUCACCGCACGUACCCACUGCGCUGCAAGCUUCUUUUCCUUCGGGAAUUUGUGAAACACCACAUCGUCUCGCCCGCCUGUGUUCGCGCAGCCGAAUGCUGCACAGAACGAGGGCAUGUUGGGCG